AUGGGCCCGGGUUGGGUGGCGGUGUUGGGGCGGGACGGCCGUCUCUGCUGCUUCGAUGCACUUGAGGGUCGUCUGCUGCAGCAGCAGCAGCAGCAGCAACAGCAGCAGCAGCAGCAGCAGGUGACAUCUCUCGAGGGAGCUGCAGCAGGUGCUGCAGCAGGUGCUGCAGCAGCAGCAGCUUGUCAGCCUAUAUCCUGCUACUCUACAGCCAUACACCGCAGAGUCGCAGACAGCGCGCUGAGCAGCGCAACACAUUUGGGUUCUUCUCGGGUUGUAGCAUUGGGGUGUACAGACGGCAGCAUCUAUUUGCAGCAGCUGCCGCAGCGGGACCUUGAAUCCACAACCAUCACCAGCGGCAACACCAGCAGCAGCAGCAGCAGCAGCAGCAGCAGCAGCAGCAAGGGUGUGUGUUUAUACGCGUUUUCUUCUGCUGGUGUUCGUAAGGAAAAGCAACGUGUUGUGGGUCACCUCGACUCUGUAUUAAGUUUAUGUUAUAAUGGGAGUGAAGGCUGUCUCAUAUCAGGAGCAGCAGAUGCAACCGUCAGGGUUUGGGGUGUAUCCCCAGCUGCUUUGCUGCUGCAGCGGCUCUUCGAUGAGCCUCUAUCAGAGGUAACAGCAGCAGCAGCAAGUGAUGCAACCGUCAGGGUUUGGGGUGUAUCUCCAGCUGCUUUGCUGCUGCAGCGGCUCUUCGAUGAGCCCCUAUCAGAGGUAACAGCAGCAGCAGCAAGCGGCUCGCUAGUUCUAGCCGGUACUGCUGCUGGGGAUCUGCUGCUGUGGGACCUGCGCUGCUCCUCCCCGUUUGUAUGGGGGGCCCCCCAUGGGGGCCCCCAUGAACACAGGGGCCCCAUAAGAGCUUGUGGGUUCGCUGAUGGAGGCAGAAUCACAGCUCUUGUACAUACACCGCAAGCUGCUGCAGCACUACGCAGAGAGGAGCAGCAGCAGCUGCAACAAAUUGGGGUGGAGAGGCCGUGUACAGCCGAGCUGCAACAGAAUACAGCCCGAGGCAGCAGCGCAACAGCAGCAGAUGCAGCAGCAACAGCAGCAGCAGCAGCAGCAGAUAUACCUGGUGCACCUGAUGCAGCUUUUCCAAUUCAGGUGUGGGAGCUGCGAGGCAGCAGCAGAAUACCCCCGCGAAGCCAGGCUGGGGUGUAUGUACAUGGUGGCUCCCCUGCCCGAGGCGGCAGCACAACAGCAGCAGAUGCAGCAGCAACAGCAGCAGCAGCAGCAGCAGAUAUACCAGGUGCACCUGAUGCAGCUUUUCCAAUUCAGGUGUGGGAGCUGCGAGGCAGCAGCAGAAUACCCCCCCGAAGCCAGGCUGGGGUGUAUGUACACGGUGGCUCCCCGUCAGCUGUUGUUACAUGCGGGGUCCUCGAUGAUAGCGGGCUUGCGCUGCUAGCCUUCAUAGAAUCUCCUGCUGCAUCAGCUGCUGCUGCUGGUGCAUCUGCUGCUGCUGCUGCUGGUGCUGCUGGUACUGGUGGCGGCGUGUAUAGGGCUGGGUUACGGCUGGUGGAUUGCCUCAAGAAAGAGGAGAUAUGGGGGGCCCCCCUACGAGCAGUAGGGGCCCCCCGCUACAUUUCUGUGUGGCCUGGUGCUGCUGCAGCGAGUGAAGGAUUGCCUCUUGAGGGUUCGAGUGCUGGCAGCUGGGGCCCCACAGUUGUUGCUGUCGGGGAGGCAGCGGGGGCUGUGGAGGUCCUUUGGGUGUAA